AUGUCAGAGCCGCCGCGCAUAGAUCCCGCCCUCGAGUUUGGCGGCCAGCAGCCUGAGCGCUCCGACCAGGACUUCAAGCAGCGGUUUCAGGGUCUGCAGGACUCUUUUUACGCCCACAACGCCUUCUACGGGCCCUACCCGCCGCCGGCACAGACUGCGUCGCAGACGCCCGCCGACUCCGCCGAUGCUGCUCUCCAAGCCAUCGCGACCGCUGCUCAGGAUCGCCGUCCCUCAACUCCAAGCUCUGCAUCAGUCGGCGCUGCUGAUCCCAAUGCUCAGAGUGCCCAGACAAAGCUCGGUCCAGAUGGCAAGCGCCUGCGCGCGUGCGACCACUGCCGCGCCUUGAAGGUGCGCUGCGAUCCGCAAGAGGAGAAUGGCCUCAUUUCAGAGGCAAGUCCGUGCAAACGUUGUCUCAAGUCGAAAAAGGUUUGCGUGACGACCGCGCCUACGAAAAAGCGCACCAAAAAGGCCGACACUCGCGUUGCCGAGCUCGAAAAAAAGGUGAACGAACUGACCGCUCGUUUGGGCGACGAUGCUGUCGCAUCCUAUGCGUAUGCGAGCCACCCACCGCUCCCUGAUGGUGCUCACGGUGUCGAUUUUGCGGACUCGACUCGGCCCGAGAAGCGCCGCCGGACUAACGACCAGCAUGACGCCCUGAUGUCCAAUGAAGCACGGCGAGAAAUCAUGUACGACGAACACGCUGAAAUCGCAGCUGCCGCCCAUCAAAGGGUUGAAAAUCGCCUGCCGCAGUCGGACUACUCGUACAUAUCUUACGAGGUCGACAGGUGCAUCAGUCCAGAUGUCGCCGAGCGUAUUUCCCUGCUUGUAUGCGUGCUCUGGUAUCGUCCCCCCGUGGUAUACGAGCGCCAUGCGUUCUACAUGAUGACCAACGCUGCCAUAACCAUGGUUCUGGAGCUGGGCCUUGGGAAGAGAGCUGGCAAGGCCAAAGCAAAACUGGGUCUUGGCCCUUUCCGCAGAUGUCUCCCGAAUGCAGGAGGGAUAGAUGCCAGAAGAUCAUUCAUGGUCUGCUACUACUUAGGAACCAACAUUGCCAUGGUACUUCGCAGACCCAUGCUCCUUCGUUGGAACCAAUACAUGGAUGAGUGCAUCUCUGAACUCGAGUCAUCACCCGACGCACUCCCAUCAGACAAGGUGCUUUGCUACCAUAUCAAAUUGGCAGCCAUCGCGGAAGACGUUGCCUCGCAAUUUUCUAUGGAUGAUCCCGCUACCAGCGCCAAUUUCUCCGAGAAAUACAACGAAAUCGCUCUGAGGAACUACGACACGAAGCUUGAGUUGCUUCGGCCUCAAAGACCAUCUAACGCUAAUCAGACUGUUCUGAAGUUCUCAGAAAGUGUUGUCGGUCUCUAUACCCAUGAAGUUGCCAUGCAUCAUAAUCAGAACAUGGACGAUGCCUUGGAAGAGGGACGUCAAAAGGCUUUGGGUGCGGUCCAGACGAGCUCACUCAAAGAAUGCGUGAAGUCCUGCCAUGGAAUCCUCGAUAGCUUCCUCUCGCUUGAUUUUGACGCAUUUUAUGCGUUGCCGCUUAUGUUCUCCGUGCGGUGCGUGUAUUCCACUGUCUGCCUUACGAAACUUUGGGCAGACGCAACAUUUCCAGGCGAUCUGGGUAGCGUGAUCACACCUGACUCGCUUCGUCUGGAGCACUACUUCGACAACCUUAUCCAGCGCUUCCAAACCACCGAAGAGCGUGAUCCGCAAUCGCCACACACCAAAUUCCCGCGUAUUCUUCUGCGUCUUCGGGAGAAGUUCAACCGGAUGAAGAACGGUGAGACAUGUGCGGAUGUCUUCUCUGGACAGCCUCCAGCUUCCGCCAGUGGCCCUUCAGCACCGGCUGCGACAACCUCGACGGCAAACGGCGCACAUGAACAGACGCGGCACACAUUUCCAGCUAACGGGAAUAACGUUGCCACAACACAAACUCCGCUGCAUCUCCUCUCAGAAGUUGCCCAGCAGGCCCAAGCGCCGCCUCUUCAACAGGGCUACUACGAUAACGGCAUGGGUGGUCAAGCAUUAAACCACUACAACUGGGACAUGGCUGCCUUUGGCGAUUUCGAUUUCUCCAGCAUGGGUAUGGGCGUGGAUCUGGCCAGCCUUUUCGGCGGCGACAUGGGGGGAUACGAGCCGCAGUCGACGCCAACGCAGUAUGGACCGCAUCAAGGGGCUGCAGCGCCAAUGUAUCCCGAACCUUCGACUUGGAAUACUUGA